AUGGAGGACCAGACGAAACAACAAAAUGCGCCAGAAGAGCAGCAGCAACCCUCAGCAGACACUUCGACUUCUCUUUCGGUUCCUCCACCAAUCGAGAACGGCAGCGACUUCUACAAUACGCCUUUGACUGGGCAUACGCCAGUUCAUUUUGCUGCGCACAACUCCAAUGCCAACAGCGUGCCUUCUACGCCUCAGCAACCUGCAUCUGAAAUCCCCGGACUUUCGUUUUUGAACAACAGCGUUCAAGCCCAACAGCCUGAGACUGAUGUCGAGAACAAGAUCGCAUCCUCAAAUGACGACCAAGUUAUGGUAAAUGCGCCCGAGGCGCAAGAACUAUCGCACCCAACAAGUCAAAACACGGAGAGCUCUCACGCCGGAGUCCAAAACGGAAAUAUUGAGACGGGAGAUAUGAUGGAAACUGAAGCCACAGCAAGCGGCCAAACCGAAACAGCAGAGGAGGAACAUCCAGAGUGGGAGGCUGACUCGUCGCCCUAUGAAUCAUCCACGGAUAGCUCUACGGAUUCUUCUGAUGAUAGCGACGAUGACGACGAAGAAGACUACCCAAUUUUAACCGCAGAAGAAACAGCCCGCAUUCUGAUGCGCGCCGAAGGCGGCUCGGACGAUGAAGGAGAAGGGAAACCUGGUGGCGGAGCCCACAUAAAAACCGCAAACGAAAAGCAAGAGGAGGUUGCGCCUAUUCCUGAUAUAACUGUCACACCAGAUAUGAAAAUCGUGCUACUUGGUCAGGUGGAAUCUGCCGUUGAGAACAUUAUCCUCAUCAGGGCUAAUGUAACCGGUGACUACCAAGUGCUCGAAUCCAACUCACUGCUAUGUCUCGAGGAUCGCACUGUCAUUGGGGUUGUAGUAGACACCUUGGGACGGGUAGAAGAGCCUUUGUAUACAGUGCGUUUCCGAGACUCAGCAAAGAUCAAGGAAUUUGGCUUGACAUCUGCGAAACCUGUUUAUUACGUGGAGAGUCAUUCCACUUUUGUUUUCACACAAGCCCUCAAGGGAAUCAAGGGCAGCGAUGCGUCCAACUUCCACGACGAAGAAGUCGCCGAAGACGAGAUUGAAUUUUCGGACGACGAAGCAGAAGCGGAAUACAAGCGGAGAUUGAAACAGAAAAAGAAGGAAAAGAGAGAAGGGAAAACCGAGGGUCCCGGUGGAAAAGGAAGAAAAGAGCCUCCCGGCCCAUCACGCCUUCGCCAGAGUGAGCUGAACUAUGACGACGAAGAUGGUGGAGUGACAACAGAGGAUGGAUACACGCCGCUUGCUCGACCUAGAAAUUACCACGAAAUGAUGGGCCCUCAAGAAACACUAGUGGAGGGACCUCAGAGCUUUCGCGGUCGUGGCAAUUUCCGCGGUAGAGGACGAGGAACACGAGGCUUUGACCGAGGAUCUGGGCGAGGUGGUCGUGGACGGGGUGGUUGGGAUUCUUCGAGUCAAGGUCGUCGACAAGACUUUUCUCGCGAGAACUCUGCUCCUAACCAAUACCAAAACUUUCCUCAAACCACCGCUUCGCCUACAUCACAAUAUCCGCAGUAUCCUUAUCCUCAGCAGUUUCAGCAAGCACCUCAGAACCCUACAUUCGGUCAAUCUCUACCGCCAAAUAUGCCCCAAUUCCCAUUUCAAAUGCCACAAAUGCCAGCCCAGCAGAAUCAAUAUGGACAAUUCCCGGCAGGAGCACAUAUUAACCCAGCUUUCUUUGCUGCCCUGCAACAGCACCACCAGCAACAACAGCAACAACAACAGCAACAACAGCAACAGCAGCAAACCCAGACUCCGUUUUCAGCACCGGGUGCCCAAGGUCAAAUUCCACAGAACCAGACGGCUUUCAAUCAAGUUCAAGCACAGUUGGAUAUAUUACGCCAGUUAACUGGUAACGGUAAUGCCCCGGGUGGCAACCCUCCUAUGUAG